AUAUAUAUACACACAAAUCAACUUAGAUUCCUAUCCCUAGCAAAACAAAAAAACCAAAAAAAAAAAAAAAAUUCUUUUGAAGAUUAUAUUAUAAAGUUUGAUUAUACCAAAAGAUGAUUUCAUCAUGGAGAACAAAGAGAAGAGAAAAAAAGGCUACAAAGAGAGGAUUAUUUAUGAAGAAAACAAACAUGGAGUUAGUGAUUCCAAGUCAAUUUACAUGUCCAAUUUCAUUAGAUUUAAUGAAAGAUCCAGUAACUUUAUCGAGUACUGGUAUAACAUAUGAUCGAGAAAACAUCGAAAAAUGGAUUAAUGAAGGUGGGAAUUCAACAUGUCCUAUCACAAAUCAAGAAUUGAAGUGUGUUGAUAGCAACAUUGAUGAUCAUGAUGUUUUAUUAAUUCCUAAUCAUAACAUUAGGAAAAUGAUUCAACAAUGGUGUGUAGAAAAUAAAGAAUAUGGUAUCGAUAGGAUUCCAACUCCAAAAAUCCCCGUUACAUCAUCUGAUGUAACUGAAUUACUCGCGAAGAUAGCAAAUUCAAUCAAACUGGAGAUGCAAGAUGAGUCGAAUAUGUGCAGAGAGUUCGUCAUCAGGGUGAAGAAUUUGGCUAGUGAAAGUGAUCGAAACAAAUGUUGUUUUGUCAAAAGUGGUACAGGAUACGCGUUAUCAUCAGCAUUUCUUGAACUUUCUGAGGGAAAAACCGCGAAAAAUGGCUCAACAUUGGAAGUGAUCCUGUCAACUCUGGUGUCGUUUUUGCCAUUGGAUGUCAACUCCAAGUCUAUUCUUGGGUCGAUUUCAUCGAUACAUUGGAUAACAUGGUUCAUGAGGAAUGGAAGUUUGUCAAGUAGGAGGAAUGCAGUUUUUGUUCUAAGAGAAAUCUUGAAGUUAGAACAACAUGAAGGGUUGUUGUCCGGGGAAGGGCCCCACCAUAAGGGUUCUGCAAGAGGCUGUUUCCAGGGCUUUGAAUUACAUAAUGACAAAGUUGAAAUGUUGUUGACAAUUGAUGGUGCAUUAGAAGGCCUAGUGAGGUUAGUGAAAGAGCCAAUAUGUCCUAAAACUACAAAAGCAUCAUUGUUAACAAUUUAUCAGAUGGUUAAUUCAUCAUCAUCACAAUCAUCAAUAUCAAGAUUUGUUGAUGUGGGGUUAGUCGAAUUGUUGUUAGAAAUUCUUGUGGAUUGUGACAAAAGCAUAUGUGAAAAGGCAUUAGGUGUAUUGGAUGGGAUUUUAACCUAUGAAGAAGGUGUGCAAAGGGGUUAUAGUUAUGCAUUAACUAUACCUAUUUUGGUUAAAAAAUUGUUGAGAAUUUCACAUUUGGCUAGUGAAUUUUCAGUUUCAAUAUUAUGGAAAAUUUGCAAGAAUGAUUGUCAUCUUGUUGAAGCACUUCAAGUUGGUGCAUUUCAAAAGCUAUUGUUAUUGCUACAAGUUGGUUGUAGUGAAACAACGAAGGAGAAAGCUAGUGAGUUAUUGAAGAUGUUGAAUGUUCAUAGAGAUAGAGUAGAAUGUGUUGAUUCUUUGGAUUUCAAAGGUCUCAAAAGGACAUUUUGAACCUUGGGAUUUCAUCGGCGUUCGAUGCAGAAUUUACAGACAGCGAGUUCAGUAUCUGGUAUAGACACGAAGAAAAAAAAAUGAGUUGUUGAAGUUGUUGAAUGUGCAUAGAGAUAGAGUAGAAUGUGUUGAUUCUUUGGACUUCAAGGGUCUCAAAAGGACAUUUUGAACCUUGGGAUUUCACCAGCGUUCGAUGCAAAAUUUAUGCCCAGAGAGUUCAGCAUCUAUUAUAUACGCCGAAAAAAAAAUUGACUUAUAUACAAUGUGUGAUUUUUAGGGGGUUCAGAUGAACCUCAUAGCGUCCGCACUUAGUAUGACUAUUGGAUACAUGAUUCAUUUUUUAUUAUGUAAUACUAAAUCCAAAAAUAAGGAAAAAUAUAAAGUUCAGAGUACACUUUUUAUUA